CGUGUCUUCUCGCUUUGCUCUUCUCCCCAUUAGUCAAACACACACUCCAUUUCACACAUCUUAUCAAAUUGCCUCUUAAAAAAAUUUCACUUUUUUUUUUUCUUUUCCGAGUUUGCCUGAAUGAUUUAAUUUGGGCAUGGUUCCCUCCAUGUUUAUUUGUCAGAUUCCACGAAGGAGAAGAAAAAAAACUAUGAUUUCUAAAAUGGGUCUCUGUGUUUGUCUGUGAUGUGUUUAGUUCACUGUCUUUGACGCUCUUAGAUCUGUUUGGGGGUGUGCUCUGUCCACCGCUUCAUUCGUGUUUCAAGCAGUGCCCACAAGGUUAGAUCAUAACAUUUUUCUCUACAAAAAACUUCGUUUGCUGCUUUAUCUCUUGGACGGAUUUUCGUUGAUUCACACCCGCUUCAAAGACAGUGUUUUGGCCUCUCUUUGUGUUGGUUUUGCUCGAAACAGAAAAUGGGUUGCAUGGCUUUCAGUCUCGGAAUUUGAUGAUGAUGCAUGGUCGUCACCUGAGUAAUCAAGGGGUGUUUAAUAAUAAUAAAGGGUUUAUCGGGUUUUUGAGAAGUUGGCUUUCUCAUUUGUAUCUUUAUUUGCUGAUGUUACUUAGGUCCAGAAAUUACCUUAUAUUGGCAUCUAUGUGUCAGGGGUGUUUGCAUUUGCAAUAAUGGGCAACGGCACUUCUCGUGUUGUUGGCUGUUUGGUGCCAUUUAAUGGGAAAAGUGGGGUUGAUUUGGAGUUUUUAGAGCCAUUAGAUGAAGGGUUAGGCCAUUCUUUCUGUUAUGUGAGGCCAUCCAUUUUUGAAUCUCCUGCCAUUACCCCAUCAAACUCUGAGAGAUUUACUGUUGAUUCUAGUACCCUUGAUUCUGAGACAUUCAGUGGGUCCUUUAGGCAUGAUAGCAUAGAAGACAAGCCAGGCAAGAAUUUUCCUGAAACAACAUUCAAAACAAUCUCAGGGGCUUCGGUCAGUGCCAAUGUUUCAACUGCGAGGACUGGUAACCAGAAUGCACUACUUGCUAGUGAAGUACUAGAGCCUGCUGCAUCAUUUGAGGGAACCUCUUCCUUUGCUGCAAUCCCUUUGCAGCCUGUUCCCCGUGGUUCUGGACCUUUGAAUGGUUUCAUGUCUGGACCUUUGGAGAGAUUUGCCUCUGGUCCUUUGGACAGGAGUGGUGGUUUCAUGUCUGGCCCAAUAGAGAAAGGAGUUAUGUCAGGUCCUCUUGAUGCCACUGAUAAGUCCAACUUUUCAGCACCCCUUGCACAAGGUCGUCGAAGGCCACGCCUCCAACGCCUCAUGAGAAGUGUGAGUGGACCAAUGAGAAGCACAUUUUCUCGGACUUUCUCAAAGCAUUCUAUUGGUCGCAGUUGGAUGCAGCGGUUAUUCCUUCACCCAGUGCCUCAACUACCCUGGAAUUCCAAAGAGGCAAAGUUUCAACCUGAAGUCCCUAGAAACUGUGUUGAGAUUGGACCAUCUGAAUUGGAGUAUCAACAUAAACACAAUUUGCAGUGGGCUCAUGGCAAGGCUGGUGAAGACAGGACUCAUGUUGUGCUUUCUGAAGAACAAGGGUGGUUGUUUAUUGGGAUAUAUGAUGGUUUUAGUGGACCAGAUGCACCUGAUUUUCUGAUGAGCCAUCUUUAUAGAUUCAUAGACAAGGAGUUAGAAGGGUUGCUUUGGGAUUAUGAAGAUAAUCCCUCUGAUCCACUUAAACCUGGAAAUGAUGUGGUUGCUUCCGAAUGUGGUAGGGAGGAAAUGUCGGAUGCUCGUAACAAUUCAAAUGAAGAUAGUUCUUGCUGUUUAGAAACUUCUUGUCCGAUAGUGGUCAAGGAUCAAUCAUCUGACGGUGAGAUAGUGGAGGAAAACUCUAAAGUUAAGAUGAAUGUUGAGCAGCAUAAUUUUGGAAGUCCCAGCGUCUCCCGUACUGUUCCUUCAUCUGUUCCGCUUGGACAAUUGACUGGUCGAGGCAGAAAAAGUAUGCGACUUUAUGAGCUACUUCAGAUGGAAUCUCGGAAUGAACAGGGUUUUUUAUCAGUAUCAGAACAAGGAAAGGAUUCUUCAGCUCCUAGGGAAAUAACACAAGUGGGGAAGAUGAGAUUCUGCUCAUCUAAUGGAAAAGAAAAUAGAUAUAGACAUCAGGAUGAAGAUCCCACUACUUCAGGAGAAAAUGAAGGCAUUGGGUUUAAUUCAACGAACCAGGAGCCUGUAGCUUCUUUUUCUGUUUCAGGACAAAGGCAGAAUGCAAGAAAGUCAUUUAUCGGUACGAAAAUCAGAAAAAUGUACAGGAAGCAGAAGUCCUUACGUAAAAAACUUUUUCCUUGGAGUUAUGAUUGGCAUAGAGAGGAAAUAUGUGUUGACAAGAAAAUAGUGGAAGCCUCGGAACCCAUUAGAAAAUGCAAGUCUGGAGUAGACCAUAAUGCAGUUUUAAGAGCAAUGGCUCAAGCUCUUGAAAGAACAGAAGAGGCAUACAUGAACAUGGUCAAUAAUAAUCUGGACAAAAAUCCAGAGCUUGCCUUAAUGGGAUCAUGUGUUUUAGUGAUGCUGAUGAAGGAUCAAGAUGUUUAUGUGAUGAACCUAGGAGAUAGUCGUGUAAUUUUGGCUCAAGAACGACCAAAUGAUCGUCAUCCCAAUCCAAGUUUCAUCAGAGAAGAUGUGAGCCAUAGAAAUCGAUCUAGAGAGUCAUUAGUAGGCAUGGAGCUGGAUAGAAUUUCAGAGGAGUCCCCGAUGCACAAUAUAAACAGGCAUGUUAGCGAGAUGAACAAAAACAGAGAGAUAUCGAUUUGCAAAAUGAAAAUGAGGGCUGUUCAACUUUCCACAGAUCACAGCACAAGUAUUGAAGAGGAAGUUUUUAGAAUCAGAGCGGAACACCCUGAUGAUAAUCAAGCCAUAUUAAAUGAUCGAGUGAAAGGACAAUUAAAAGUCACCAGAGCAUUUGGCGCUGGAUUCCUGAAGAGGCCAUCUUUUAAUGAACCUCUGCUGAAGACGUUUCGAGUUGACUAUGUGGGCAAUACUCCUUACCUAAGUUGCACUUCUUCUGUUCUUCAUCACCGUCUUUCCUCAAGUGAUCGGUUCUUGGUACUCUCCUCUGAUGGGCUUUACCAAUAUUUCAGCAAUGAAGAGGUAGUUGCUCAUGUCAUGUGGUUCAUGGAAAAUGUCCCCGAAGGUGAUCCUGCACAAUACCUUAUUGCAGAGCUUCUCUUCCGUGCUGCUAAAAAGAAUGGAAUGGAUUUUCAUGAAUUGCUUGAAAUUCCUCAUGGAGAUAGACGUAAAUAUCAUGAUGAUGUAUCUGUUAUGGUGGUUUCUUUGGAGGGAAGGAUAUGGAGAUCGUCGGGGUAACUUAUUUGUUUUAAAUGAUUCGAUUUUUUUUAUUUUUAGUUUUUGGUUAGGUGCCUUCAAAUUUGCAUGUUGCCUUGAUAAUAUAACAAUUUUGGGCUAGAAGUAAAAUGAUUUUAGAAAUCAAAAUCAGG